AUGACUAUUCAGGUAGGAGACAGCAUCCCGUCGGUGACACUGUAUGAGCGCACACCAGACAACAAGGUGAACACAAAUGAAUUUUGCAAAGGAAGGGUGAUAAUGUUUGGUCUGCCUGGUGCUUUCACCCCUACCUGCUCAAAAGAUCAUGUGCCAGGUUUUGUCAAAUUGGUGGAUGAGAUGAAAAAAAAAGGAGUUACUGAAGUUGUCUGUCUGUCUGUCAAUGACCCAUAUGUGAUGGCAGCCUGGGGAAAUACUCUUGAUACAGCUGGCAAAAUUCGAUUUUUGGCAGACACACAUGGAGAAUUUACUAAAGCACUUGGCAUGACUGUUGACCUGUCAUCCGUUUUGGGAAAUGUCCGCUGUAAACG